AUGAAGGAGGGUCGAUGGGACACUUUCUGCUUUGGAAAGGAUGCCAAGUUUGAUCCUGGUCAACGGAAAUUCAGCCUAAAAUGUGAACUGGGGGAAAGAAAGGGGCCGAAAGAUGCCUUAUCGCUACCUAAGUAUGGUAGUUUCCAUAACUACUGGUUUCAGACAGGUCCGGGAACUGUACUUGACGGCUGGGUUGAACUUCAAAGUGGGAACGACAUACCACCAGAGGGUACAAGGAAUUAUACCAUCUUUGUCAAGCGAGAAGGCGCUUUAAACCACUGGCACUCGCUGAUGGAGAUUUAUUCCAUGACACUGACAUUGGAUACUCUUCAAAUAACAAAUCGGCCAGAUGGGACAGGGCCGUAUAUUACUGCUGAAGAUGCUGCAAAUACACAGGUAGUUCUAAUCGAUGAUAAAGAAGAUGGGCCUUUUUUUGAGAUGUGGUCGCUUUUUGCAAAGAAGCCGAUUUUGCGCCUGAAGGAUGUGCCCGAAAGUACAACCUUCCAGAAUAUUAUCGUUCCGCUAGCCGGUGGAAGCAACACGCUAUGGCAGGGCGACUGGAUAGUCAACUCAUGUGAAGAGUCAGCGUUGCUCCAAACAUUCUCCAACCGUGUACUUUCUCUAUAUGGACUAGAGCAUCUCAAGCCACGACAAGGUGAGCAGAUUGUGCUGACAUUUAUCAACCGGAUGAGCGGCCGAAGACUUGUGGACAACGAGCUGUAUUUAGAACAGCUCAAGUCCAAUUUCCCUCCAUUGAAGAUUCAGUCAAUAGACUUUGCGACCAUUUCUUAUAAAGAGCAAUUGAAGACCAUCCAAGGAACAGACGUUCUUGUUGGCGUCCACGGUGCGGGUUUGACCCAUGGAAUUUUCUUACCAUCCGGUUCGUCGAUGGUAGAAAUUCUACCACCUGGUCUAAACCAUAAAGGUUUCCGGAACGUGGCCGCUCUCCGAGGACAUUCAUAUUUUAGCGCUCACGCAUCAGAAUCUCCUUCCACGAGAAGAAGAGACUGGCACUCUGAUGAUGUUUAUAUUGAGAAGGAAAGAUUCAUGGAACUCAUGGAUGUCGCUAUUAAAGCCUUGUAUAAUAAAGGAGAACGAAACUAUGAUGUGAAUUGA